CUCUUGAAUAAGUACUUACUUAGUACUUACCUCAAUAUCAAACCAUUAACUAUAAUUUUCAUGAUUUUAGAUUGGAUUAGGCUCUUUCGUCAAAUAUUGAAAACAUGUUAACUGUUCAUUCGCAUCGCACUUAGUGAAAAUUAAAACGUUAACUAAUAUAGUAAUAUGGUUACCCAUUGUUGGGUUGCCGUGACAACCAUAUUAAACCUAUCAUUGACACAAUAUACAAACAUUGCAGCCAUUAUAAAAUUUACAUUUUUAUGAUUAAAAUCUAAAACUACUUCACAGUUUUAUACAAUACACAAAUUAUAUUCUUCAAUGGAAAGUUAUAAAAUCUUGGAACGGAUCGGAGAAGGAACACAUGGACAAGUGGUUCAAGCCAUGGAACGGUCUACUGGUAAAAUAGUCGCCAUUAAGUGCGUACGUUCAUCAGAUAAAGCAUCAAAGAACUUACUACGUGAAAUCGAAUCUCUGAAAGCGCUGGAUUCAGAUUACGUCGUAAAGCUAUUGGAUCAUUUCUGUCACAGUUUCAGUUUCUAUUUGGUACUAGAGUUCGUGGCGUCCGGCUUGCCAGAGAUGUUGUACGAUGAUAACUUAAUGCUUGACGAUUCCCAUUUGAAGACAUACGCUCGUAUGCUCCUCGCCGGUGUAGUCCACAUGCACACCGCCAACAUCGUGCACAGGGAUCUGAAACCAGCAAAUUUACUGAUAAGUUCCGAAGGCGUAUUAAAAAUAGCAGAUUUCAGCUUGAGUCGUCUGCUACUGACAACCUCGGCUGCCGAUAACGAUGUCGAUGAACAACACAGUGGAUGUAACCGAUGUUACACAAGCCAAGUAGCGACACGCCGAUACCGUGCUCCUGAACUCUUGUUCGGCUCUGUCCACUACGAUCAGUCAAUUGAUAUGUGGUCGGUUGGUUGCAUUUUAGCAGAAAUGCAAUUGAAAACCCCUUUAUUUGCGGGAGAUUCUGACAUGGAGCAAAUUGCAAUCGUUGUACAUAAUUUAGGGACUCCAACUGACGAAACUUGGCCAAACAGGAAUGAAAUGCCAGAUUACAAUAAAUUGAAGUUUACUAAGUGUGAUCCAGUGCCAACAAAUAUACUGUUGCCUGAUAUUGAUGAAUUGUUAGUCGAUCUAGUGGGAAAAUUAAUUUUAUACAAUGCAGAUAAAAGAUUGAAUGCAUAUGAGGCAUUACUUCAUCCUUAUUUUUUUAACGAACCAUUGCAAUGCUUAGAACAUCUAAUGCCAAAACCACCAAAGGAUCAUAGACAAAAACUUAUGCAAAAACCGAUCGAAGUAAUUGAAAGUUUGGAAAAAAAUUUUAGUUGUUUAUACAAAAUACUUGAUGAAACGGUGUAAAUUUGUAAUUAUAUUAUAUUGUUUUGGAAUAUUAAAUCAAUAAUUCAUG